AUGGACCAACGACCCAACAACCGAAGCUUGAUGGUUGCCACCCGCUAUAAAUCUCUAGCGCUACCGGAUUCGAUUCGAGGCACGUUCGAAUUCACUAGCACAAAAAUUGAAGCACUAAGGCAAUCUGUCAUGAUCAAGAAACAUCAACAAUAUCAUCAAUCUGUUCUAAAUUUGUCAACGUUUUGUCUAACAUGUGCCUACACAUGGGUUUGCUUAGUCAAAGCAGAAGAAGAAGAAGAAGAAGAAGAAAUAAAAGACGACCAAAUACUUAUGGUGCUUAGCGUGGACUGUCGGUCUCGUUUGGACCCUCCUAUACCUGCAACCUAUUUUGGCAACUGCAUAACGGGCCAUGGAGCAUUUGCAGAAAGAAAAGGACUUUUGGGAGAAGAUGGGUUCUUUGUGGCUGUAAAUGCGAUCAGUGAAGCCAUAGAAGGUUUGAAUAACGGGGUCUUGAAUGGGGCAGAGAACUUAGUUUCAAGUUUGUACCUUUCUGAAUCUGAUCUUCAGGCUACUACUGAUCAUUCCAGAGUGUUUACCACCGCUGGAUCACAUCAGUUUAAGAUGUACGAUACUGAUUUCGGGUGGGGAAGACCAAAGAGUACCGAAGUGGUUCCUAUAGGUAGAAGAGGAGCCAUCACUUUUUCAGAUGGCAAGAAUGGAGGUGGAGCUGUUGACAUUGGCUUGGUUCUGAAGAAACAUCACAUGGAGGUUUUUGCUUCUCUAUUUCCUAAAGGUCUUGAAAACCUUUGA